UGCGGUGCAGAGCGGAGGCGGAGGCGGGCGCGCGGGCAGCUCGCGGGCACCCGGCCGGGCUGGCGGGGGAGCGGGAAAGGGUGCGCUAUGCCUUUAACGCCCGCGUACAGUAGACAUGUAUAGUGGAGUGUAGGGAAACUCUAGGCGGGGUUAAAGUUCAGCUCAUGGAGCGGCAAUAGCGCUGGCUGGCUGCAGUUGAGCCGAGUUGGAAAUGUGAACGCAAGAAGCAGGCUUGAUUUUUUUUUUUUCUUCCCCCUUCUCUCUCUCUCUUCCUCUCUCCCUCUUUUUUCCUUUUUCACCCACACUCACGCACACCUCCAAAUCACACACCCAGACGCACACACACACACCCCACCGCACAGCAGUUAUGUAUUCUCCGCUCUGUCUCACCCAGGAUGAAUUUCAUCCUUUCAUCGAAGCACUUCUGCCUCACGUCCGAGCCUUCGCCUACACAUGGUUCAACCUGCAGGCCCGAAAACGAAAAUACUUCAAAAAACAUGAAAAGCGUAUGUCAAAAGAAGAAGAGAGAGCUGUGAAGGAUGAAUUGCUAAGUGAAAAACCAGAGGUCAAGCAGAAGUGGGCAUCCAGACUUCUGGCAAAGUUACGGAAAGAUAUCCGACCUGAGUAUCGAGAGGAUUUUGUUCUUACAGUUACAGGAAAAAAACCUCCCUGUUGUGUUCUUUCCAACCCAGACCAGAAAGGCAAGAUGCGAAGAAUUGACUGCCUCCGCCAGGCAGAUAAAGUCUGGAGGUUGGACCUUGUCAUGGUGAUUUUAUUUAAAGGUAUUCCGCUUGAAAGUACUGAUGGCGAGCGUCUUGUAAAGUCCCCACAGUGCUCGAAUCCAGGGCUCUGUGUCCAGCCCCAUCACAUAGGGGUUUCUGUUAAGGAACUCGAUUUAUAUUUGGCAUACUUUGUGCAUGCUGCAGAUUCAAGUCAGUCUGAAAGUCCCAGCCAGCCAAGUGAUGCUGACAUUAAGGACCAGCCAGAAAAUGGACAUUUGGGCUUCCAGGACAGUUUUGUCACAUCAGGUGUUUUUAGUGUGACUGAGCUAGUAAGAGUGUCACAGACACCAAUAGCUGCAGGAACUGGCCCAAAUUUUUCUCUCUCAGAUUUGGAAAGUUCUUCUUACUACAGCAUGAGUCCAGGAGCCAUGAGGAGGUCUUUACCCAGCACAUCCUCUACCAGCUCCACGAAGCGCCUCAAGUCUGUGGAGGAUGAAAUGGACAGUCCUGGUGAAGAACCAUUUUACACAGGCCAAGGGCGCUCCCCAGGAAGUGGCAGUCAGUCAAGCGGAUGGCAUGAAGUGGAGCCAGGAAUGCCAUCUCCAACCACACUGAAGAAGUCGGAGAAGUCUGGUUUCAGCAGCCCCUCACCUUCGCAGACCUCCUCCCUGGGAACGGCAUUCACACAGCAUCACCGACCUGUCAUUACAGGACCCAGAGAAUUCAAGAUGGUUCCCAGCAUCUUCGGGUCUCCUUUCUGGAAAGUCUACUCAGCAAGUCCACACGCAACACCAUCUACUCUUCAUUUUCCGACAUCACCCAUUAUCCAGCAGCCUGGGCCUUACUUCUCACACCCAGCCAUCCGCUACCACCCGCAGGAGACGCUGAAAGAGUUUGUCCAACUUGUCUGCCCUGAUGCUGGUCAGCAGGCUGGACAGGUGGGGUUCCUCAAUCCCAAUGGGAGCAGCCAAGGCAAGGUGCACAACCCAUUCCUUCCCACCCCAAUGUUGCCACCGCCGCCGCCACCACCGAUGGCCAGGCCUGUGCCUCUGCCAGUGCCAGACACAAAGCCUCCAACCACGUCAACAGAAGGAGGUACAGCCUCCCCCACCUCACCAACCUACUCGACACCCAGCACCUCCCCCGCAAACCGAUUCGUCAGUGUUGGACCACGGGAUCCAAGCUUUGUAAAUAUCCCUCAACAGACACAGUCCUGGUACCUGGGAUAAAAGUCGCAGCAUCCCACCAUCCACCAGACAGACCACCUGACCCCUUCUCAACUCUGUAACAUGGACGCAACCUCAACCCAGCGCGGUUACAACUUCACUGUCAGUGGAAGGGGAGAAAAACCGAUUCAAAUCAACUUGUACAUGGAAACAGCAAGCAUUAUGGUCAAACAGCAAAGGCCAUAACCUUUUGGGAUUUUUUUUUUUUUAAUACUUUAGGAACUGUUGUAAUUUUCUCAUAUGGUGCUGGAAAUGGUUGGGCUUUGUAACAUUUGAAGUGUUUCCAUGGUAGCGUGAGCAUUAGGUGAUGUGGCUAGAGGAGGUCUACCCCUUGCUCACUGACUCCCCAUUGUAACACACUUCCCUUACGGAGCCUGGCUGUUUCACAGUAUUUCAUGAAUUUUCCCACACAGGUGUGCUCCUCCUUGAGCAAUCAGGAGGCACAUGGAGAACUAAAUCUUUUGUAGUAACUGAGAUCUGCAAUAUAUAACUUACGGGACAGUCAAAGGGCAAUGUUUUUUCUGUAACAUAUUGGGAAAAGAAAAUGCAGUUAUAGUCCUUUUUUUUACUUUUUCUUUUAGUUUGGUUUGGUUCCACAGUCAGCAGUUAAGUGUAUAACAUGGCCCGCAAGGACAAUGAAUCCACUCAUGUUGCAGAACAAUUCUGAAAAUGGCAAACUACUACUACUACUAUUCAGUUUUUUAAAAGUUUUGAAAUGCUGCACUUACAUUUAAAAGAAAAAAAAAACAUUUUUUUCAACAAUUUCAACAAUGACACAAAAAUUCACAUGGAAAUGGGGAAGAUGGUCUGUUUUGACAGAAACUGACAGGAAUCAAUCAAAACAAUCGAAUUUUGAAUUGAGUAAAGUGCAAUUUCAUUGGAUAGCUAAAUAUCUUUGUAAGAUAGAGAUUGUUGAAAAUUCUAUUUUUGUUUUUCAAGUCCUUCCACCCCAGGACUCUAAAUUAUUGGGGUAAAAAACAGCCUUGCAAGAAAAAGGGGAGCUAUUUUUGCUUUUUAUGUUUUUUAUUGUUAAACUUGUAUCCCUUUAAAAACUGAAGGAAAAUUUAAAAAAAAAAAACAAAAAAACAAAUCUAAUGGUGCUUUUACCACAAUAUGUUAACUACAUUAAAUGCUAAUUAUUUUCUGUUAUCAAAGCACAUAACUAAAACAAAAUCAUGGUAUCUGUUAAUUUUAUAAGCUGGAAGUCACUAUAAUGGAUUACGCCAAUUCUGAAAAUUUUUACAUGUAUCUGGCAACAUAGGAUUUAUCAGUUAUCAGACACCUCAUUGUUCCAGAGAUUGUCCAGAAAUUUUAAAGACCUUUGCAUCCCUGAACUGGGCUAUGGGAAAAAAUAAUAAUAAUGAAACCAAUACCAACACAAAUGCUGGUGCCCAUUCAGAUCAAGGGUACUUGUUCAAGGAAAAAAAAAUGUUUGCACCCCCAAAUGUCCUGUAUCUUAUGUUAAAAAAAAAAAUCAAAAAAAAAAAAAAAAAGUGCAAGUGAUUUUUCUACCAGACAGCGAAGCACCCCUUUGCUUCCCAUGCAACUUCAAGAAGGUUUCCUAUACUAUACAUAUAUAUACGUUCUGGUUGGCAAGCCCCGCUGAUCAGAGAAAGUCUCUGCAUGUUCUAGUGUUAGUAACUAAUUUUUAUAUAGUUAAUGUAGGAUAAAUAGAGUGCAUUAAGACACAAUAUUGUAAUCCCUACUCUAGGCACUUGCCUUUAAACUAUGUUUUUCAGCCCUUCAGAAGGGUUCUACUACUGUCCUAUACAAUCAAGUAACUGAAAUUCUUGGGAAGACACUUUGCUCCUCAUCUUACCCCCCUAAACGAUGUUGUUUUGUUUUGUUUUUUUUCCUUAAUUUGCACGAAAACAGAAAUUCCAUAUCAAUGUGCCUUGCCCUGGAUAGCGAUUAUUUGUGGAAUUGUUGCACAUGCUCCUCUAUUGAAAGGGGUUUUUCCCUAGUCAAGCAUUUGGAGACACUUUUUGUAAAUGUGACUUUUAUGUCAGCCAUCGUCAGUUUUGACAUCUAGAACUAAUUAGAAAGUUAGUUGUUCCGCAGAUAGGAGUAGUCUUUAUUGUCCUGUAUGGUCAGUGGCAGUGCUAUUCUGAGAUCUGUAGAUGCUUAGAAUAUCAGUAUUUUGGAUGUUGCUGCAUUUUACAAUUUAUUUGGAGUCUUCCUUUAUCCCCCCCACCUCCAGAUAUAUGAAAAUAUGCAAUACCUGCUUAUAUCAUGUAGAAAAGCUUAGUGAUUAUUAAUUUUUCUUUUUUUUUUUAUUUUUUUUAUUUGACCAAAGUCGGUGCUGCACUUGACGCAGUGUGUUUUCCGUGUUUGUCUUUGUACUUUUUUGUGCUUUUUGAAUGCACGUGCGCAGGAAGGGCUCCUCUUAGAGAAGCAGUCAAACUGUGAAGCACUAAGCUGACCCUGCUUCAAGCAAUUUUGUUUUUACAACUGUUCCUUUCACAAGCAAGCCUUAAAAAAAAAAAGACAACUUCCUUUUUCUUCAGAUCCCACACCCCAUUUUUCUUAGCAGACUGCAGUCAAUCCACAUUCAAUAAAAAAGUAUAUAAUGCCCAUUUUUAUAUGCACGUUUUUAAACUUCCAAGUUCUGAAAAUUGUUUACUGGUUAUCUCUAUUUAAGGAAAAAAAAAUAAAAUAAAACAUUUUGGAUUUUCAUAUGUGUCUGAUAAGUGGUUGAAUAGUCGUUUGGAGCUGUUGUAUGGUGUGAUUGUCAGUGUAUGGUGUCACUUCCUAUAGCCAGCCAGCAUACUUUGCCUUCCCCUAUAGCACUUAGCUGGGCAUUACUUUAUUAUGACAUAUGUGCACUAAAAAAAAAAGAAAAAAGAAAAAAAAAGAAAAAUAGCAGCUUUCAGUGCUUCACAGUGAAGGGAAAAAAGCCUAGACAAACAUUUUGUCAGAACCUUGCGAUAAGCCAAGGUAUUACCAGUAAAUUGGUUGUACAUACAAUAAAAUUGCACCCUUUUUUUAAACAAAACAAACUAAGCAAUAGUUUGGGCAGUUUUAGUUGUUUUUAGUGAGCAUGUUGUAGUCAUGACUGCAAAGAGAGAGAAUAAACUGCCCACUCAGAAGAUAUGUAAUUUGUAUGUUGUAUAGUUUUAUUGAUUACACUGAUUUAUUCUACCCUAUUUUAUAAUGCAGGACUUUUGUAAUGUUGUUUAAAUGAGGAAAAAUUUCUGUCAAUUUAGCCUAGUGAAAUUUCUGAUGGUUCAUUAUAAAGGCAGCAUUCAUAGAAUUGCUUUUCUUUCUUUUUACCCCCUUUGGGAACUGGAUUUAAGUUUAAAACUUUCCUGUUUCCUUUUUUUUUUGUAAGUAUUUAAAUACAGUUAUUUUUUUUUUCUCUCAAUGGUAUAGCAUAUUCCUAUACUUGAGAAGUAUAGGUCUACUGAAAAACCAUUGUAAAUGGACGUUACAGGUAUGCUGUAUUUUUGAAGGUAUUUUGUUGUAUUAAGUUUGAUGAAGCUAAAAUUAAGGAACUCUGAACAGAUUUGCAGGAAAAGAAAAAUGUUUUAAAGGCUUUAAAACAUUAGGGAGGCAGUCUAGGGUGAUAACGAACAGGGGUUAAGUAUUAAAUACACUAAGUUACAUUUUUGUUCAUGUUUCAUAAUCCAGAAAGCAGCAGGAAACUGUAGUUCAGUUGUGAUCAAGCAGGAGAAAAGAAACACUACCAAAUGAGUAUGUUUUAUUUUUUAGCUUAAAAGCCAAGCAGAGAUGUUUGAGGAAGACUUUGCUACCUGGGGGUGCAGACAGAGACUAAGAGCUAUCAGCAUUUGAAGGCCCAGCCGUAGAUUUUGAGACACAUUUGAAUUUUUUCUUUCCUGUCAAAUGGCAUUAACAAUAUUAACAAAGAAAAGUCCUUCAAAUAACUCUGUGUUCUUUCUUUGUCUGGGAACUAAAGUCAGAGGCACAAACACUAAAUCUUCCCAUUUUCCUAUAUAACUUUUUCUUCUGGCCCUUCUCCCUGCUUCCAAAACGUUCCUCUUCUGAUCAUUUGCAGGCAGAGGCCCUCUCCCUAAUGCCACUCUAUUCAUCCCAGAGCUGUUUUCUUUCCUUUGAAGUUGGAAUCAACUUUUCUGUUUCUUGGCACCCUGGCCUGACAGUGUCAGCUCGCCCCCACCCCCACUCCCGCAAUCAGGUGUGGGCUGUAGGCUGGCAGGCAAGGUAGACUUCCCGAAGCUUGUGUUACUGGCUUCCCAAAUGUUGAAAUGUAAAGGAACCCAAACAUACAAGAGUCACGGGAUUCAGUCAGCCCACAGGAAUAUGCAAAACCCAUCUCAAAAAGUCUUUCACUUUGUCAAACCCCUGUCCCGUCCCUGUGUGCUUUGAAUUUUGUAGUUGCAGUGUCAUCAAGUAGUUGCAAAAUCUGGACAAACAAAAGCAGUUGUUUUCCUUGAGAUUUUUGGUUUUUUGGGGGAGAGGGGUUUCUAAUAUACUUUUGCAUCAUGUCUCGGGAAGUUAUCUUUUUGUUCGUCGUGGUGGUGGUCUCUUUCUCUGUUUUCGUUUGUUUCUCGUUUUCUUUUUUCUUUCUUUCUUUUUUUUUAAUUUGUAGAAGGCCUCCAUAGAACAAACUUAUAACACCACCGGCAUGAUCACGUAAGGAGAGCUUCAGUGGCACCUCUCAACCCACCCUCCGGAGAUCUGUUAUAAGACAGUCUCAGAAAGCUGCACUGCCUGCUGGGCAGGGCUUUCAUUCAAACUAGCUCCCAAGGCCAAUUUUGUCUUGAAGUCAAUGCAUGUAUUUACUGUUUGACAGUAAACCCACUCUGCCUUCUCCACGUCCAAGGCUGUGCAUUUGUCUAAUUAGUGUCGUGUAUGUUUUCCUUUUAUUUUUUCCAAUAAAAAAAGCAGUGGGAUGAAAAUAGCUUUGAUAUAUAGCAGGUAACAUUGAAGCUAUUCCAUAGCACUUAACUGUAGUGAAUACUGUGUCACCAAUUCUGAAAUCAAUUUAAUGUUUAAUGCAAAUCCAUUACAUGGUGCUAUUACAGGCUGACAAAAUGAUUUACACAAAUGUGACAACUUGGGCUCAAUUCAUUCUGCUUUCCAACAGUGUAAAUGCAUAGCAGUGUUUAUCUGCAUGAGAACUAUGCACUAAUCUAUCUGAAGAAAAACUAUAUCAACUUUGGUAUCUACUUUCCGUUUACUUCAAUCCUUGCCUUUUUGGUCAUUGUUAUAAUGCCAGCUUUAGGACAGAAAGAAUUAUAAGAAAACCAGCAUAAUACCUGAUAUAUUAAAAUGUAGUGCCUGUGAAAUCUGUAUUAUAUUGCUCUUCUGAAGUAAGAUUUUUCUACACCGGUAGCCUUCGCUGUCUGUCAGUCAGGACCUUCUGGUAUAGGUGAUGUAAAAUAACCGUACAAUAUUAAUGCAUGCUAUUCCAUAAUGCUUAGUGAACUGUAUGAAUAUUACUCAGAGUUAUGUUAGUCAUUUUUUCUGACUUGGUUCUUGUCAGCUAGGUUUAAAGGUAUUUCACUGAGAACGCAAAUUCUGUCUUUUCUUGAUUUCAGCUGUUUUCAGUAUUUUGGAGGUAUACAUUUACUUAAAUUCAGUAUUACUUGUGUUUUUUUUGGUUUUGUUUUCAUUUUCUUUUUUCCUAGAGGACAAGCAUGGGUGUUUGAUUUUAGAAAUCAGUGCCUGGUGAGAUUUUUGUCUCAAAACUACCAUUUGAAUUUCAUGAAGUCUGCUACGAAGACAUUCUAAGAACAUUUCAAAAUGAGGGACAUUUUCUCUGACCCUCCACGGAAUCUAUGCUAACUGAAGUGGUUUCUUAAUGGACAGAGUGUUCAGCCAGGUACCCAUGCUUGAUCCGUCUUCCCAUCAGACCUCCUCAUAUUAAAAGAAAAAAAGGAAAAAAAAAAAAAACUUUAAGAAAUCACGUGGCUAUUUAGUUUCAUGCACA